AUGUUGCAAUCCGUGAGUGCUCACCUUAUGGAUGAGCGUCGUGGUUCCACACGAGAGCGUGACCGGCGACGAAGUACCUACGGCCACUCAGCCGGAUCACCAUCGCAUCCGCAGCACACGACACUCAACUUCCUGGUACCCCCAACAUGGGUCGGCACCCAGAUCGUUGAGGAGUAUCGUCCGCUUCAAAUCGAGCCCGCUGAGAAUCCGAUAGGAUGGGCAAUAUUCAAUCCAUUGCCUAUUCGGCCUCCUCCACCUCGUCCCCGAAUCCGAGCGAUUCAGAUAACAGAAGCUGUCAUAGGAUUACUAUCAAAUUUUUUCGCUUCGACCGGCGCGGUCAAGUACCGUAACCGGACACCGGCGAGAAUGUUCCUGAGGAAAUUCUGGAAUCAAUGGACGCUCGAGGAGAAUGCGCGGCGGAUGACCAUCACCGUAUUGCCAUCGGGCACCAAAAAAGUCCACCUCAAGGAGCCGAAUGAGCUCGCCGAGCUCUAUCCGGAUCGAGCAAAUGAUAAAGGUUGGACCCAAUCUUUAAUGCUAUAA